CUGAACCGCAUCAGAGGGUUGCCCCAUCGAGAAUCCACUUUUAGGUCGGAUAAUAAGUGGAAGUACUAGGGCGUGUGUCCAAUCCAAUACGCGAUCCACCAGAUAUGGAUCCAAACAGGAAGAAGGGACAAGGCGCUAUGAGAGCCCGAGAUUUUCGGCGCGCCUUUAUGCAGAGUGUGUCAACUAGAAUGGAGCUGUCACGGGCGCACGCCAUGCAGCAGGAGUUGCUCCUGGCCAUGAUGCCUGGACGUGGAGGACGUGGAGGACGUAGAGGACGUGGCCAUGGCCGAGGUCGUGGAGGACGCCGGGCCCCGUACGUGCCGCAGGAGCUGGUGCCGCAGAACCUGGUGCCGCAGAACCUGGUGCCGCAGGACCUGGUGCCGCAGAACCUGGUGCCGCAGGACCGCAGGAAGUCAAUAUCGUCAAUCUGAUCGAUUUCGACGGCGAAGGAGAAAUUGUGGUCGUGGAGAGCGACGGAGAGCAAA